UUAUACCGCCACUCAUAUGUCUAGCAGCAGUCAGCACCUUUGAGCCCGGUGUUCACUAACCGAGUGCUUCCUCGGAAUGUGACUCAAACUCGACGUCACUCUCCUGGACGAAGAGAAGCAGAGACAGAGCAGGAGGAUGGGAACCAACUCGUCGGCCGUGGACAACAAGUUGGACCACUGCAACGUGACGAACCCCGCGACGUACAAUGUCCUCUCCGGGAUCAUCGUGGGACAGUUUGCGCUCGGUCUGCCUCUCAACCUCUCCGUCCUCUACAUCUUCCUCUUCAGGUUCAAGUUCUGGAAGAACAAGAGCGUGUUUCUGUUCAACAUCGUGGUGGCCGACUUUCUGCUGGUGGCCUGCCUUCCCGGCGAGUCCUACAGCUACCAGCUGGGCCAGAGGCGAAGUACCAAUCCCGGGCUGUGCAGGACCAUGCUCUUCAUGCUCUUCCUCAACCGCGGGGCCAGCAUCGCCUUCUUAGUCACCCUGACCCUGGACCGUUACUUCAACGUGGUGCACCUCGGACGGAGGAACUUCGUCAAGGUCCUGAAGAAGUCUCCGGAAAUCUCGGUGGUGAUCUGGCUGCUUCUAUUGCCGCUCACCAUCCCGAUCAUGGUCCGGAGCUUCGAGUGCUGCAACAGCCACGGACGAGUCGUGGAGACCAUCUACCAUGACAUCACAGACACCUCCAGAGAGGUUGUGUUCUUCUCGCAAAUCCUCAUCCCUUUCAUCAUCUUGCUCUACUGCACGGUGCGCACCGUCCAUCGGCUCAGGAGGAAGACGGUGGGAGAAAAGGCCAAAUUGAGGCGGGCCAUGUGUGUGGUUAUGUCGGUGAUGGUCAUCUUCUCCGUUUGCUUCCUGCCGUGCGCCGUCGCCCGAGCAGCAUUGCUAUUCGUGCGUCUGAAAGGAUGGCAGGAGACCGAGGGUGUGAUGGUUCAGGUGAACGACUCGCUCAUGGUGCUGUCCUACACCGACUGCCUGCUGGACCCGCUGGUCUACUGCUUCUGCCACUCGGGCUUUAAGGACGCCUACCUGAACACCUUCUGUCCGACUUUCCUGCACAAGAGACUGUGUAAGGCCAAAACCACAACAAUGACUACUACGACGACCUCUGCAGGCAGGAGCCUCUCUUUGCCAAUGGUUGAGAACUUUCAAGUAUGAAUGAUAUUUGGAUGUGUUAUUUUAUUGUCUGAAGUCAGAGUCCAUCAUUAUGGAGGCCCAGACGUUAAAUGGCAUUUUAUGUGGUCAUAUUGCAAAAACUGUCUUGAAAAAAAAACAAGAACAAGGGUUAUGAAAUGAGGAACUUAACCUUGAAAUACGAUUGACCCAAAUUAGGUCAUUCCUCUGUGAAAACUGUAACACUGUAUUUACGACCUACACAAAUCGGAUUAUUGUAUUUCAUUUAUGCUAAACAGUGUUGACAUUUUAAGAGGAAUAAAAAUUGGGGCCGCAAUUUAGAUGUCACGUGGGCACAAAAUGCUAAUUUGUCGCCACGAUUAAAGAAGGCUGUGAAAUUGUUAAUACUUGUGCUUCUUUAGAUUUUUUGUAAUAAACAUCCUCAAAUUAAAA